AUCUCUUUAAAAACAAACCAACCAUGGGGCCAACAGGUGGCAUGGUGGUAAAGGCACUGUACUCCCCAAACCUGGCAGUCUGCUCUCUUGCUCUUCAGCCCUCAGUGAGCAUGUGUCCUGUGGCAAAUUUAAAAAUAAUAAAUAAAAUUAAAUAACCGUUUAAAACAACAGACACCAGGCCAGCCUGUGGCUCGGGAGUUGAGGCCGCUGGGGCAUACCUGGCCGGCUACGGGGGUCGGCUCUCAGAUUCAGUGGCCCGAGAGACGUGCCAGGCACGUGUGCACGCCCGGAGUCCAGCUGAGGAGCCGGGGCUGCAGGUGGCUUUUCCCCACAGGGUGCUUCCUCACUUCCCCUCUGUCUCGGGGGUGUGUGUGUGUGCCCUCUGGCUAGGAUUUUAAAAGAAAAUAACCCCUGCCAGGACCACAGCAGUGCCCUCCUUUUGCAAACAAGAACCCGGGCUGGGGUUGACGCUGCCCCCUGUGGGGAAGGGCAGGGCCCUGGCUUAUGCCCAGUCCCCCUCCCCAGCGGGCACGACUGCUCCAGGAGUGGCUUCCUGCCGACCAGGGCCCCAAUGCCCAGCCCUAUACCAGGUCAGGAGUGGGAAGGAAGGGCUGGGAGCCGCCGCCUCCUUGGCUGGGGUCAGGGCAGGGGAGCUCCUGGGGGGGAGGCUGCACUCAGGCGCUGCCCUGCCUCCUCUAGUGUGGCCUCACCCGGGCAGGUGGCAGCCGUUCAACCGGGUGAGGCCAGGGUGAGCCGGGGUUCCCUGCACCCCUGCCCAAAGGCACCGCCUCGCUCUCCCAUCCACAGUCCCCCGGGGGGGGCGUCCGAACCCCUGGCAGGGAGGGAGGUGAAGGGUGGGGCUGCCUGAGUGAGGCGGACAGCAUGGACACUCCUGGAGGAGACGGGGCAUCCUGGCAGAGCAGUGCAGGCUGCAGUGGGCCCCUGAGCCCCACGUGCCCACUUGUGCCAGGACCGAACUUGCCCCCAGCUGCCCCACAGGCUUGAGCACACCAGCCGGCCGCAACACGGCACACCGUCCCCGAGGCAGGUGGUGAGGGCCAAGGUGCCGAGCACCGAGUCCCCCGCCCCCGCAGCCUGCGUCCUGGCUGAAGCUGCUGCGCCGCGGGCUGGCCUCACCCAGCCUGGGGCCGGGCCUGGGGCACACUUCCACCUCGCUGGGUACCAGGGUGGCGAGACCAGGAGGGCUGGAGCAGCUUCCCCUGGAGGCUGGAGAACUUCCACUUCCCUCCGCCCCGCCUCCUGGGGCUGCCCUAGCUGGGCGAAUCAGAAGGCAGACUCCAGGCUAGAACUGGCCAGGCCUCUGUGCAGCUCUCCAGAAGCCGUCAGGAAGUGCUCGCUGUCCUGACAGCUCCCACAGCCCCACACCACAGCGCUCCCAGACCCCGACGGCCCCGAGCAGGUGGCUCCUGGAGACCUGAGCCACCCGGGAGACACUUGUCUGUGCUGCGGAAUUAACGGGCAAGUCAGCCGUGGGCAGGGCCAUGUGGCUUUGGGGCUAGAAGGUGCUGGACCCGGUGUUCCCGGUGCUGCCUGUGGCACUGCUGGUGACUGUCACGGCCUGGACAAGCCACGCGGCUGAGGCCAUGUCGGACUACGAGAACGAGGAUGCGUGCUGGAGUGCCCUGGAGGGCUUCCGGGUGAAGCUCACCUCCACCAUUGAUCCGUCCCGCAUCACACCCUACCUCCGGCAGUGCAAGGUCCUGAACCCCGACGACGAGGAGCAGGUGCUCAGUGACCCCAGCCUGGUCACCCGCAAGCGGAAAGUGGGUGUGCUCCUGGACCUCCUGCAGCGCACCGGCCACAAGGGCUACGUGGCCUUCCUGGAGAGCCUGGAGCUGUACUACCCGCAGCUCUACAAGAGGGUCACUGGCAAGGAGCCGGCGCGUGUCUUCUCUAUGAUCAUAGACGCGUCGGGGGAGUCGGGCUUGACACAGCUGCUGAUGGCUGAGGUCACGAAGCUGCAGAAGAAGGUGCAGGACCUGACGGCGCUGCUGAGCUCCAAGGACGACUUCAUCAAGGAGCUGCGGGUCAAGGACAGCCUGCUGCGCAAGCACCAGGAGCGCGUGCAGCGGCUGCGCGAGGACUGUGAGGCGGGCGCCCGCGAGCUACGGCGCUGCAAGGACGAGAACUACAACCUGGCCCUGCGCCUGGCACGCCAGAGUGAGGAGAAAGGCGCCGUACUCAUGCGGAACCGUGACCUGCAGUUGGAGGUCGACCAGCUCAAGCACAGCCUCAUGAAGGCGGAGGAUGACUGCAAGGUGGAGCGCAAGCACACGCUCAAGCUGCGCCACGCCAUGGAGCAGCGGCCCAGCCAGGAGCUGCUCUGGGAGCUGCAGCAGGAGAAGGCCCUGCUGCAGGCCCGGGUGCAGGAGCUGGAGGCCUCGGCGCAGAAGUGGGACAGGGGCAGCCCCUACAUCCAGGUGCUGGAGGAGGACUGGCGGCAGGCUCUGCGGGAGCACCAGGAGCAGGCCAGCACCAUCUUCUCCCUGCGCAAGGACCUUCGGCAGGCCGAGGCCCUGCGCACCCGGUGCGUGGAGGAGAAGGAGGUGAUGGAGCUGCAGUGCUCCGCCCUGCGGAAGGACUCCCGGAUGUACAAGGACCGCAUCGAGGCCAUCCUGCAGCAGAUGGAGGAGGUCGCCACCGAGCGGGACCAGGCCAUGGCGGUGCAGGAGCAGCUGCAUGCCCAGCACGCACGGAGCCUGCAGGAGAAAGACGGGCUGCGCAAGCGGGUCCGCGAGCUGGCCGAGAAGGCGGAUGAGCUGCAGCUGCUGCUGUUCCAGCGGGAGGGCCAGCUGCUGGCCGCGGAGGCCAGGCUCAAGCGGCAGCAGGUGGAUGCGCUCGUCCUGAGCUCUGAUCUGGAGGACAGCUCCCCCAGGAGCUCUCAGGAGCUCUCGCUCCCCCAGGGCCUGGAAGAGGACACCCAACUCCCAGAUAAAGGCUCCUUUCCAGGCGGCCCGGCUGAAGGCGAGUGCCCAGAGCGGCCUUUCCCGGCGCUGCAGAAGGAGCGGUUCUCGCUGAACCCCACUGUAAGGCUGCCCCGGAUGGCGGGGGGUGGUCCCAAGGUCUGCGCCCUGAGAUUUUGGGUGGGACGUUUGGAACGCGAAGGGGUGCCCUCCCGGGACAGCAGCCCUUGGCUUCCGCGCGCUCUGCUGCCCUCUGGCGGUGGGGCCGCGCUAGCCCAAACUGCCGCGCGGUCCGCCCCAGGGCUGAAGGCAGGUGGCACACGGUGGGCAUCCUGCGAGCCGAGCCGGGGCGUCGGGCUCCUGGCCCUCCAGCCGCAAGUCUGCGACGCCGGGCGUGUGCCAAGGGGGCGGGGGGCAGUGCCGCCUCGGGGGGGCCCCCACCCACCGAGGCUGCAGCGGUGGUCGGGCCGCGCCAAGAGCCCUGGUCCCGGGACCGGAGACCGCGAGGACGCCGGUUGUGGCCGCGGACGUCCUCCGAGCCUUGCUGGCUGA